ACACACUCUCACACGCAGCCAUGUCCUCUUCUGGUUCGCACUGGAGCUUUAAGAACGUUCUGUCUGUCCACGCGUUACGCAGUGUACACACAAGCUGUUAGGUCCCACAUCCUGGUACUUUUCACCGUUGUCAAGGCAUCAGUAGGAAGAAAGGCAGCCUGGCUCGUGCAAAGUAGCUGCAGUGUCCUGACAGUGCCCAUGUCCAAGCGCCCGAAAAGUGUCCCGGAAAGUUAGGUGUAACUACCAGCAAUCCCCUGGCAGACAGACGCCAGUCUGUGUGGACAGGAGAAGGAAGAGCUUGUCCAUUGUAGCCUACAGUAGUAACGUUACACAAGAGACAACGCAAACUGGGCAUGAUUACAGCGAAACUGGCGCGCUUGAUGCUGCAGCACAAACCUCUGAUAGAUGGACAAAUGUCUUUGAUUCAUAUGUCAUUUGGUUACAGUCAGAGGAGAGAAUACCAAAGUGACCCAAUAUGUGACUGCUGUUAACCUCCAAGAUGGGAAACUAACUGAACAAAUUGGAGUGGAAUGUGAGGCGAGACUACAGUUUCUUUGCUAAAGACUGUUGCAGAGUCGAUGAUCCAAUGGCCACUGCAAAAGGUCCUCGCACACAGCGCUAUCGCCCAGCAUCUGAAUUUGAUAACGCCACACUUGCUAAGAAGAGGGAAUAUUGGAGAACUAAGAAAAGGGAACAAAGGGCAAAAGUGUCUGCUGUUAGGAAGAAGCUUGGGGCAGAGAACUCAAGUGUCUGUGAUGCGAGACGCAACACCUUUGGUGCCCAUGUGCAAAAUGCUGCGUCGGGUCCCAUGUUGCUAAACAGAGAUGGAACAUACCAGUCCAAUGUGUGUGACCCAUCUGAAUCAGGUCUUUUGAACCUCCAGCUGUGGUGAGCGAGUGGUCAAGACUGGUGAAAGUGAGGUUCGUGUGUCGGGAGCAGUUCCAGGCUCCUCACCACAAAACGUUUCCCCUGCCCAGAAUGUCCGAUGGUUCCAGAGGAUUAAACUAAACAAAGUCUUACCAAAAAUCCCAGAGGGAUCAGAUGCUCCACAAGGCAGUGCAAUGGGUUGUAGAAAAAUGGCCACAACAGGGCCUUCAGUUGUAUCCAACACCUUAGCCAAAUCCAGCAGAUCUCUACAGAACAUCAACGCCCCAGUGCCUGCAGUUCACGUCACAGUGCAUCCUGCUAUUACCGCGAACCACAGAACUCCAAGCAGAAUAGAAGCUACUAAUAGAACAACUUCAGUUAAGGUGUAUAGUCACAGCCUUCCACAAAAGAGUAAACCUGGACUUAAUGACCACAAGAGGCCUCAAGUAAGAGUCCAAAUCCCACAUAAAGCUGUGCCUCUUAGUGUGACAAACAAAGUAGGGGUUGAUGUGAAACAGUGCUCCUCAGAAGUCGGUAGUGCCAACAUUAAGACUAAACCGUGUGCCUUGGCCACAAAGUUCACAUCUCCUCUUGAAAGACAGACGCCUAAGACAGAGGAGCAGAGGGCAGCGAAACGACGUGAGGUGUGGCGCAUCAAGAAAAGGGAACAAAGAGCAAAACGGGCUGCAAAGUUAGCCAGGGAGAGGGAGAGAAUACAGAGGAUGGAUGUUACAGUGCAAGGGACAGUGCAGACAUCCUGUGCAACUCUUACUAGACCAAGACUGUUGAGGCAGGGUCAAAGGCAAGCUGUAAAUCAGGCCAGGAUGCCAUGUGUUCCUGCUUCACAAAUGCAGAUACAGAGGCAGCAGCAAAACCAGGCAUUAGCAUUGUCUGGCCCCAGUCCAAAAAGCACACCUACUGCAAUUAGAAAACAAUCUGAUGGCCCUUUGCUAUCCAAUCAUAUUGUGAUAGAUCCUCAGCCACCAGCUGUUGUAAAAACAGGAGUCCCAAAACAGACCAAUGCAUUUUAUGCACCCUUUGCGGCAACAUCAACUUGUGUUGUUAGUAAUAACAUGAACUUGGAACGAGGCUUUGCCAAUGCACCUAAAGAAGUCACCGCUCAGUUUUCAAACACAGCCAGAGGCACAGCACGUCCCAAAAUACAAAUAAAUAAGUUUGUAAGAACCCAAAGGUUUCUUGUACAUAGAAAUACAAGGAUGCCCCUCAUGUCUUUCCAUGAAAACCCAGAAGAGACAGCUGAGCAAAGGAUGGCCAGGAAAAGAGAAUACUGGCGCAUCAAAAAGCGUGAGCAGCGGGCCAAACUCUCAGGGGAGAUGAAGGCCAGGCUGAGGGAGCGGGAUAGCCUGUUGCGCCGUGUGAAACGCUACCAGUCCAUCUUGGAGGAGAUGCGUCGGGCACGAGCAGAAAGUCAGAGGGUCCAACAACUUCGCAGAAAUAUCAUAAUUGAUAGCUCAGAGCCCAUUGGUGGCUAUAUUAGGGAGGAUGGGACUGUCACCAUUAGUAUGCAAACUACAUCUUCUGCAAAAGGCACAGGUGGAGUUGAAAAGUUGUCCCCCUCCAAACCACUGCUACCCACUGCACAUUGUAAGGUUUUCACUAAUAAAGGAUGUGGUAGUUUUAGUGGCCACAUGAACUUAAACCCUCCACCUUUACAAAAAGGAGCAGUUCAGCUGAAAAGUAGUUACCCUGACCAGAUGUCUGUCCAUGAACCUCCAAAAUUAGUCUGUAUUACACCUAGGCUUCUGACAAAUACCCUUCAUAAUAAAUUCACAAACUCAAGUCCUAGUACUUCUCAAAUGACUGUUUCUGCUCCAGACCAUAAUCAAAAUAUUAUUAAUGACACUACAAAUUUUAAGAGGAUUGGGAAUGUAGCCAGGCCAUUUGGCACAGUUCCUGUGGCUGCUGAACCCACUCCAGAACUAACUGAAGAAGAAAGGAUUGCUCGAAGGCGUGAAUACUGGAGAAUAAAAAAGCGGGAGCAGAGAGCCAAGCGUGCUGCCCGACUUAGGCAAGGACUGUUACGCGGAAGGGCCAUGGCAGCUAUGAGAAGACGGCAGAACCAUACCCCAGUGUCUAUACCCAGCAGUGGCAACCAGACCACAACAAAUUCCUCUGUCCCAGUCAACACCUCAACCACUCUCCCUUUACCACCCAGCAUAUGUAUUCCUCUCCCAGCUGAAAGCGUGAAGCAAGAACAAGAGUUGUCGGUCAAGCAAGAGCUGAAUUCUCCUUUGGAACAGUCCUUCUGCAGUGACCAUAAGCCCUCCCUUGCAGCACUCCAAGAGUUGCCGAGUGAAACAGACCCAUCGGGCAGUGUGGACAGCCAGGCCACCACGCUCCUGGCUGUGGCCUCCAUGAAGAAACUCCUAGAGGAAUCGCUUAGCACUGUUGUGAGCUCGGACACACCAGAAACAAGCAUUACAGUGGAAGCAUCUCAGUGUAAGACUGAAGAGGAGCCACUGGUUGUUGAGGAGUCAACAACUUCUGAUGUCAAACCAAAUCCUGUGUUAGAUGCCGCUGAAGAGGUAGUGGAGGUUGAAAUGCCAGGGUCCAUCUGCUUUUCUGCUGAAGAUGCACAUCUACAGACAAAUGAAAACUCAGGAUGCCACACCCGUCCUCCAACAUCUCCUCUUCUCCCCAAUCCACAUUGCAGUCAAGAAAGUCCACCAUGUAUUGAUACCCGGUCCUUGCCUGACAUCAUGGCUUCCUCAGCUUCCAUCAUGCCUGCUUCUCUCUGCUCCACUCAGCAACCACCCUGCUCUCAAACCUCAACAACUCCUACUUCAGCACAAACAGUUCAGGCGUUUUGCUCCACAAGGGCCAACCUGCAGCCAUCUUGUUCCUUAAAGACAUCAAGUCAUCAACCACCUGGAACAGAGGUGCCUAAUGAAAAGUCCAUCCUGCAAAGGAAGAGGGAGUACUGGAGGCUCAUGAAGAGACAGCAGAGGGCCAGGAAAGCACAGGAGAAGCAGAGGAAACCAGCUACAAAAGCACUUCAGACUCAGAGGCCAAGUCAAAGCAGCUGCCCAAAGGCCAGUCUACCUCUCAAUAAUUCUGCUUCUUCAGGUUGCACCUUGAAAGGAAAGACACACCAUGGUACAGUCAAUUCAUUGCCCACUCUUCAUGUCAUGAACCACCCUGUUUCCAAUACAAACCAGCAGCAGAAUCUCCAUCAGUAUGGCUCACCGUCAGAUAGGUCCCUCAUUGCACAUAAAACCGCAAAGCCUGGAUGUUCUCCCAGGGCUAACCUUCAGGGCCAUCCCUCCUGUGGUCGUGCACUUGCACGUACCAGUGGAAGCAGAGAGGUCCCUCCACUUUUGCGGCAAAGGGUAAUCCCUGUACCCUCUGGUGAAAAGAAUGGGCCACUGCUAUUGGUGCAGCCUCAACAGGACUCCGCCCCUGAGCAAAGGCAGGGAGUGAGCCGCUGGUGUCUCCAGGAGCAAACGGGUGCCUCCGUGCCCCCUUGCCCCACCCUUACAGCCAACCGCCCCAACCACCGUCCCUCUGAACUCUUCGGUACGGCAGCCCCUCCAUCUCACAACAGCAGGAGCCUGGCCAAGCACUCGGCCACUUUCAGUUCCCACAAGCGCACACAGAGUGCUGUUAAUGAUGAUGAUGUAAUGCGAAGGAAGAGGGAGUACUGGCGGGUUAAGAAGAAGGAGCAGAGGGCCAGGAAGGCAGCACGCCAGAGUGGGCUUGGACAUAUGGGCACAUCUUCUGAAUGGGAACUGGUCCUCCCCGCCCAAAGCCAGUUACUUCAAGAUGAACAAUCUCAGGACACCAGACAGUGGUUCAAGGCUGAAGAGACUGACUUGGCUGUGAGUUCACAAGUGGAUACAGAUGAGGGCUAUUUGGGCAUGCAUCCCAAACCUGUGAAAGAAGAGGCUGAGUUGGCCAUCAAGAAAGAAGAGGAAGACGUCCUCGAUCCCAGCGGCGGCCCUGCUUCAGCGAGCUUGUGGCGGAGCCGCUACCUCAUGGACUACGACCCACUGAACCAGCUGUUGGUGUGCAUGGUGUGCGGGGAGCAGCAGUUCUCCCACAGCCCGGAGGCGGCCCAGGCCCACAUCGAGGAGGCCCACCCUGAGACGCUGACCCUUGGCCAACAGCAGCGCUGGAAGCUGCAGCAGGCCUGGGAGGAGCAGGUGGCCCAGCGCGAGCAGUUCUUCAGCAGCCAGCUGCAGCAGCACGCCGGCACCACGCAACCAGACAACAUCGCAGAAGUGGAGGUGACUGUGGAGAUGGACGACUCUUCACAAUCAAUAUACAACAAGUCUGCAAAGAGCAAGAAAACGAGAAAAUUCUGAGUACUAUUUCAAAUGGCAGCUACUUGUAUUCCAGUCAUGCAUUUGCAGUGAGAUGAGCGAAGUGACUGAAUGAUGUGCAUGAAGUUAUUUUAUGCUAUAGUUUGUACUAUAGCUGCUUGGUUUAAAGGUGUGGGCAAAAAGGGCUUUGGAAUGAGCAACUGAAAAGAAUUUGAGUUAUUUUUUCCCCUUUUUGCCCUGUGUGCAUGUCACUUAAACAGCUGAAGGACUUUGAGCAAAGCAGACUAGUGUUUACAUCAUUCUAUUACAGCUUCUAUUACAAGUUACGGGAUGGCACAUUUUUACACACAUGCACAUACACAAACUUGAAUGUAUUGUCAUAUUUGCUGUUUUUAUAUGAAUGCGAUAUUUAUAUUUCAUUCACAAAGAAGAACAAAAACAUGUUUCUGUUCAGGGAUAAGCAAAAUUAACAAAAAAAAUGCCUUUUAGACUCUCCUGCAUGGAAAGAGUAAUUCAGAUUGAAGUAGCUAUGCUAGCAGUUUUCAAGCCUCAAACUUUGGCCACUUCCAUCUCAACUAUAGAAGAAGACAUUAAUAUAACAUUCCAUCAUAUUUGGCCUCAGUCCAGUUUUAAUGUAAUGUAAUUAUUUUCCCCUGCUCCAUCCUCCAGAACAGUCUUACUCUGCCGUGUUUAAUAUUCUUCAUCAGUUCUGGUUGACUGAAGAGGACCGUCAGCUAUUCAUUGCAGCUUUUAUACCAGGUCAGGUUAUGUUUGUACCUGAAAAUUAUUUAAAAGCACAGUUUCCCCAGUUACUAAUACUUACCUAUUUGAAUAUAUUGUUAGAAUGUAAUUCAACAGCUUUUGUACAGGUACAUUUGUAAUGCAUUUGUAGAAUUUCUUAUUUUCUAUUCCUCUGAAGAUGGUUUUCUUUUGUUGCAGCAUUUUGAGUAAUGUCUUGCAUGAUUGGGCUUCCAGGUGUAUGUAAAUGUGGCUUUGAUUUAAAAAAAAAAAAAAAUUUCAGGUUAUUUAUUACUCAUCUGUACCCAAAUGCAUUACAUGUUUUGUUAUAUAAGCGUGUUAUAUAAAGAUGUUUAAUUAUGUAUGGGUCACGUAUAUUUAGCACUGAUGAAACAAUCAAUAAUUUACCAUGAUUAGCAUUACCAUAAAACACUUGAAGGACCAGAAACUGAAUUAAAAGCCCUCACAGCCCAGUUCUCAUCCAGAAUCAUCUCUAAUCUCGAAGGAUUACACGCCAAUCUCAUAUCCUCACAGGCAGAGGACGUGUGUCCUAGAGGCCCUUGAGCACAGGUCUAUAAAAAGCAUCUUUUUGCUCAGUAAUUUACUCUGCUGCAGUGGGCUAUUGAUCGUGUGUAUAGAAGUUCCAUUAAAUAACAUAUCUAC